AUGAAGGGUAAAGUGGCGGUAGUGACAGGAGGGAAUGCUGGUAUUGGCAUGGAGACAACCCGUCAAUUGGCACUGUGGGGAGUUCACGUUCUUGUCGGGUGUCGGCGAGUUGACGAUGUCCAGAAGAUUGCUGACCAGGUAUCUCAAGAACAUGCCAGAAACAAGGAGACUGCAAAGAGUAAGAAACUGCCGGCUCCGGUUACCCCCGGAGAAAUCCGUGGCUUCUAUCUCGACCUCUGCGAUUUUGAGACUGUGAGACGGUUCGCUGUUUGGGCUCAUGCGGAAAGCCGGGGAAAGAUCGACAUCUUGGUGAACAACGCUGGCCUGAUGUCAACCGACAAGUUGUCCAUGGACAAGAAUACAGGUUUCGAACGACACUUUGUGACAAAUCAUCUUGGACCAUUCUUGCUCACUGACUUGCUCCUUCCUGCGGUGAAGGCAGCACACGGGCGAGUCAUUACAAUCAGUUCUGCAGCGCACAUCACGCGCAACCCGAAGUUCCGAUCACUCGAUGCAGCCCUAUCUCCGGAGGCAGCUGAGAGAGUGGCGUCCGCGCUAGGAAAACCGCUGCAUGAGCUGCAAGGAGAGCCAAUCACUGAAAAGAAUUACGACUCAAAAGUAAUGUAUGGCACAACAAAGAUGGCGAACCUUUGGUUUACGAAAGAGCUACAGCGCCGGCUGGCCCAAGAUCCGAAGUGCCGUGUCACUGCGUAUGCUGCUCACCCCGGGCUGGUCGGCACAGGGUUGAUGCUCCGCUACGCUGAAGGCAGCGUACAUUGGUACACGCCGAUAUUUGAGGCGAUCUACUCACUUAUUGCACCCUUGGUGCUGAAACUGCCACAACAAGGGGCUGCCACCCAGCUCCUGCUUUGCGUGAGCGACAAAGAAGAGCUCGAGCCGGGCGCCUACUACAAGGACGGAACAACGAAUUGGGUAGACUACCUUGCCCAUGACGUCGAGCGCCAGAAGGAACUCUGGGCAGUGAGCGAGAUUGUCUGCGGUAUGCGAUAA